AAUAUAUAUAAUCUAUUUUAAUCCACAAUCUGCUAUUUUGUUUAGCACCUAAAUAACAUUUUAACCUUUGGUGAAACUUGACUUUCUUCGGCCUUGACUGGGGGAGGACGAGGCGAGUAAGAUCACUGUUGUAAGAUGAAAGCCCAUUCAAAUAGUGGCUCUACGAAGUGAACACACCUCUGUUAAAAUAUGUUUUUCUGAUGUAGAAAAAAAAAUCUUUCUAAGCAAUUAUUUUAAUAAAUGUGACCUAUCAAAUGCAUUAGUCAAUCAAAAAAGUACAUCUGAAAGAAGCAUCACUUCACUAAUCCUGAAUUCUUUCAGCUGCCUGAGGUCCCUUCACUUCUGUGUGCUAGUCUUAUACUUUGUUGUCGGCAAAUGAGGGAUGGACAUUUUUAUUUUCAGGAGGCCGAUAUUCCGUCAUAGUGUCAGGCAAAAGCCCCUGAAGCCAGUGCAAGGCUACGGGGAUCUGUCGCUACGCAUGGUCCUGCGAAUGCACGGAAAAUGAUUGACACCUUGUCCGUCAAGCCUUAUGUCUCUGAUUGGUUGUUCUUCCUCAGUUGCGGUGGUGUCUUAAAAAUCUAAUUAGAAGUACAAGACGGAACCAGAGAGACCCCCCCCCCCCCACACACACACACACACACACACAGUAGUUUGAACAAAUAUGACAAAAAGUGUUGGGUUUUUUUAUAGAUUUUUUUUCAAUAGGAAACUUCCCCUUUAAAAGGAUAAACUUAUGUUUAUGUGGAAAUUCACUUGCUCCAGUAGUCUUUCUUAAAUAUGAAGUGGCCAUUUUCUAAUGGUGUAAAUUGUGGACUACUAAAAUAACUAUAAUGCUGUUUACGAAUAUUAAUUUAUUUCUUUGGCGCAUCUCGCUAUACUACUCUCAAUUUGUCGCCUCUUCCCCAUUGUUGUUUAUUUUCUUUUGCUUCUGUACUCUCAAGCGUCAUCGCUUGGUCCGGAAACUUUGUUGGUUGCCUGUUGCUGCCGUAAAUUAUUGUGGGUAACAUUUUUUUUGCAAAGGUUGGUCAGGAGUAUGCUAAAGUUGAGUUCAAGUUUGUAUCAAGGCACCUUUUGCUAUGGUUUUUUGAAGUCAAACAACCUCAAUUUCCAAGUACUUUCGGGUCAUCUUGCUCUUAUAGGAAAGGAAAAGAAAGUUCCAAUUCAAAAACCGGAAUAUGAAAAAACCUGGAAAAUGCAACAAAAGCAAGUGUGGCAGCGCCACCCCCAGGCUAGGAGGACAACAGCACAAUGACCGACGUUCAUAAUACGUGGAAGAGUCCUCCCCUGAAAAAGCAAAUGCGGUCAUAUAUAUUUUUCUUAUUUAAAAUAUAAAUAAAUCCCCCAAGCAUAUGUUUUUCAUUUGAAUUCCAAAUUUUAUAAUUAACAUGAUACAUAUAUAUAUAUAUAUAUAUAUAUAUAUAUAUAUUUUUUUUUUUUUUAUUAUUAUUUUUUUUAACAGAGCUGUGUUCACUGUGCAGAGCAUGUCUGUUUCCUCUCAUUUAGUUGAUGUGCUUGAUGGUGCUGAACCAAUCACACACAAGGUGGACGAACGACCUAAAUACAUCAGUUAAAAAGCAGGGGUGGGGAGCCUACGUCCCGUGGGCCGUAUAUACGACCUACUAGAGCAUCUGAUGUCCAGUAAAACCUCAGAGGAACUCAAAAAAUAACUAAUAAUAAUAAGUGUAUUCAAUGCGUCAUAUUUUUGGCCCCCAAAUGGGAAAAAGGUUCCCCACCCCUGAUUUAAAACAAAACCCAUCAUCUGUUUUUGUUAUAUAUUCUGUUCUGUAUAUUCAAUACAGUACCAUGACUAAGAUCACCACUGGACAGCAAAGCAUCCGUUGUGCUUUCUUGAACAACACAUGUACAGAAUGCCUCCUGGCCAUUUAUUGUUAACAGUGACCGGAAAGAAAUAAUAAAAAUGUUUUUUAUAUGUACGUAAUGCUUUGUUGUUAUUACUUGUGCUUGCUUAUUUCUUAGCAGGAUGAAUAUGGGGCAAAAAAAAACUUAAGGUUUUGUUAAAUAGCUGGAUAAAUGCAGGGAUCCAACUUUGAUUUAAAGAUUUUCUUUUUGUUCAUGGAUAAUUUAAAGAUUUUUUUUUUUUCAUUAAAUGUGUAUUGUUUGACAUUUCAAUAUUAAGGAGCAGCAAGUACACUAGCUUUACCAACAGAUGGUGCUAAAGGAUAUUACUAAAAAAUUUUAAAAAAGAAUUUAAAACAAAAAAAACAGCAGACUUUUUGGGUAGUUUGAAGAUUUUUAAAUUUUCUGCAAAUAAAUGCUCUGAAUGACAAUAUUAGAAUUUGGGUGUUACGUUGUCAGUAGUUUAUAGAAUAAAACAGAAAUGUUAAUUUUACUGUACAGUUGUGCAAAUAGAAAAAUCAGAGAAAUUGAUAAUUUUGCAGAAGUCUCUUAAAAUUUUCCAGAUAUUAAAAUUGAAACAUUCAUCAAUCCAUCCAUCCAUUUUCUGAGCCGCUUCUCCUCACUAGGGUCGCGGGUGUGCUGGAGCCUAUCCCAGCUAUCAUCGGGCAGGAGGCGGGGUACACCCUAAACUGGUUGCCAUCCAAUCGCAGGGCACAUACAAACAACCAUUCGCACUCACAUUCACACCUAUGGGCAAUUUAGAGUCUUCAAUCAACCUACCAUGCAUGUUUUUGGGAUGUGGGAGUAAACCGGAGUGCCCGGAGAAAAACCACGCAGGCACGAGGAGAACAUGCAAACUCCACACAGGCGGGGCCGGGUAUUGAACCCCGGUCCUCAGAACUGUGAGGCAGACACUAUAACCAGUCGGGUCACCGUGCCGCCAAAACUGAAACAUAUGUUAAUAAAUACAUACAUACAUAUAUAUGUUAACGAAGUAAUUGUUAUUGUACUUUUCUUCCACUGCAGUGUUGACAUCCUGUGCAUGGCUGCACUGAUCAGUGUGCGUGUGUGUAUACUGUAUGUUGGAAAUGUUCUCGAAGGUUCAUUACAUGAACGUGAGUCCCUGCUUAAUCAAUGACCUCGUCAAUGAGGGCUGCACAGACCUUAAAAGCGGGUCGGGUGGGGUGGAGUAGGGCAUCGUGGAAUUUGCAAAGAAAUCUUAACAUGCAGCCGUGGACAAGAAGUCGCAAGGAUUGCUUUUAAAAAAGUGACGAACGUGGCUGUGGAAAUAGAAAGUCAGUAACUUUAUAUUCGUAAUAACACAAAGAUAAAAGAAAAGAUAAGAUAAACAACUGAGAUAAUGUGGUUGCACAAGUAUGCACACCCAAUAGAUAGAUAUUUAGAUAGAAAGCCUGCACAGCUCUCAAACUUGAGGCCGGGGGGCCAGAUCCGGCCCACCAUAUCAAUUCGUGUGGCCUGCAUCAACAAAUUUUGUGCAUCUACUUCAUGUUCUGGACAAAAAUUUCAAAUUGUCUUCACUUUUAAAUACAUUGAAAAAAUGGCAAGCAUUUUAAAAUAUGAAAGUUAGCAGUUAGACCAUUUUCAAUAGUAUGAAAACCAAGCGGAUGUACGAAAACGGGGACAAAAUAAAAACACGAAAACGAGGGCAUAUGAAAGCUGAGGUUCCACUGUAUAUGUAAUGAUAUGAUGAGACGAUUAUACAUUUCUAUGAUUCCACAUUUAUAAGGGCCUUCUGUGAGGGAAACUAACCUGCGGUAUAAUUAAAUAUAUAUCAUUUGUCAUAUUCCAAUAUUGUUAGAUAUUUUGUAUUUUAGUAUUUAUUCUGUUACUGUAUAUGAUUUUGCCACCACUGUUAAGGUGGUAUCACAUGUCAAUAGUAAAGUGUGUUAAACUAAACAAAACUGUAAGUACACAGUUUACAUGUAAAAUAUUGUCAUAAUUGGUCUAAUGUUGCUUUAAUUCUCCUUUGCAUGUGCACGUUGUCUUCCUCACUGCCUGCUGCUUAUGAAGAAGAGGAGGAGGCGGUGAGAAGUUUUUCUGCAGAGAGUGAGACUGUGGAUGUGUUCGGGGGGGGAGGUUAAGGCGCACACAGAAAUGCCUCUAGCAGCAUCUUUCUUUGCAGACUCCAGCGAGCUGCAGCACAAGCGGGCUGCGUCUCUUCAUCGCUCUUCCUCUUCUUCUUUCUCCGAGCAACCACCUCUUUUCCUGUGAAGCAACCCUGGUCGUCCACCUCUUUCACCCCCUCUUCUUCCUCCUCCUCCUCCAGCAUCCGGCGGCACUGGAUGGAGAGUGGCGCCUGAAGGGAAGGGAGAGCGGUGGAGUUGCUUCGUCUAUCCACCUCCUCCUCCCGCUGCAGCAAACAGGAAAGUACCGGCUGGCUGCUGCACCAUGUCCUCUUCUCCGAAUGGGGAUGUAGCGGGGUACCAUUUGAGUGUGGUGCGUAAUCCGCCCGACUGGGAGGUGGGCAUCUACCUGGUGGGCUUCGUGGUACUGCUGGCCGUCGCGGGGCUGAACAUCUGGAAGCUGUGGAAGUCUGGCACCUUCCCUGCUCCGUCCCCGUUUCCCAACUUUGACUACAGAUAUCUGCAGGAAAAAUAUGGAACCUCCUUCUCAGAAGUACGACAGAAGCGGGCGGCAGCCAACAACCACCGGCGGACGUCGACCGUGUCCAGCCGCAAGCCCAGCCUGGCGCUGGGCGACACGCCGGACGCCCUCAGGGAGCUGGGCCAUCUGGAGCUGAUGGGCCGCGAUCUGGACCUGAGCGGCGCGGCGCAGGUCAACCGCUCCGUCUCCACCGAUUCGCUCAGCUCUAUCUCGUCUGUCGCCAACAACUUCGGCCACGACUUCACGGUGGGCCAGCUGGAGGUGACGCUGGAGUUCGAGACCUCCCGGCACGUCGGCCAGGGGACGUUGCACAUCACCGCGCACCAGGGCAAGGACCUGCUGGAGAGGGAGGAGGGCGACUUCCCAGGGUGCUUUAUCAGGAUCUCUCUGGGCCCAGAAGAGCUCAAUGUGGGAGUCACGAGGGUGAAGACGAACGCGUUCACCGUCAUCUUCGACGAGAGCUUCUCGGUGGCGAUUGACGUGUGCGCCCUAGAGGAAUGCAGCCUCCGAUUCGCCGCCUUCGGCAUCGACAGCGAUGAGAGGAACAUCAGCGCCGGCGUGGCUGAACUCAAGCUGUCAGACUUGGACCUCACCAUCAGACCCUUCAACGCCUGGCUCUACCUCCAGGACGUCAACAAAGCGGUGGACGCAGUCGGGGAGAUUUUGCUGUCUCUCAGCUACUUACCGACGGCAGAGCGCCUCACAGUGGUGGUGGCCAAGUGUAAGAACCUGCUGUGGACCAAGGGCAAGAACACUGCAGACCCAUUUGUCAAAGUUUACCUCCUGCAAGAUGGACGCAAGAUAAGCAAGAAGAAGACGUCCACCAAGCGGGACGACACCAACCCCAUUUUUAACGAGGCCAUGAUCUUCUCUGUGCCCUCCCUCGUUCUGCAGGAGCUCUCACUGCGGGUCACUGUGGCCGAGGCGUCCGACGACGGGCGGGGCGAAAACAUGGGUCACGUGAUCAUCGGCCCCGAGGCCGGCGGCAUGGGGAUCACCCACUGGAACCAGAUGCUGGCCACCCUGAGGAAGCCCGUGUCCAUGUGGCACCCGCUGCGCAGGGUCUGACCUGAAGUGAAACACUCAAAUUCUAUACAAAAGCUAAAUCGUUGAUAUUUUAGUGACUUUAAUUAGCGAUAAAAUAUGAGAAACAGUAUGCCAGUGCUGGGCCAUGCAAUUGGUACCUGGGCCUUCAGUGGGGAUUUACCCGACUUAAUCCACCUCUAAAUACCGCAAAACUUUACCAAAGCAAUACCGCUUGUUGUCUAGCCUUUCUGGAAAAGUCCACCUUGAAAAUAAAAUUUUAAGUACAGUGAAACCCUGCGAAAAUCCGCAAAUAAUUGGCGUCCCUCCUAAAAGGAAUUUUUAAUUGUGUAUAGAUGCCAAAAAUGGCAGCAAAGCGAUUAAAACUGAAAGACCAUAAAGCAUCAACUCCAUGCAUCUAGCAUGUACACAAUCAUAAAACCAUGUAACAUAAACAAAUAUUCAUUAGUUAAAUUAUUCGACACAAACAAACUAACUUCACAUGAGGCUCAUCAGUAGUAUUAUCAGCUAGUAUAUUAGCCUAAAUAACACGCUAGCACAAAUCAACAUGAUAUCACGCAUCAGCAAACAAAUAUGCGCACUGGCACGUUACGUGAUCUGUAUUAGGUCAUUAAACUCACUUUACAGUGAUUAUACAUAAUAAUAAAUGUUAGGGAAUAUUUGCAAAUUUUAACAGCAUGAGGUGUGUUCAAGGACUGGCAACAAAACAGGACAUCUCAAACCCACAGGAAAAGAAAACACUAUCAAUGUCCACGAGAUGGCCCCAAAGUAAUAAUUUGAGUGGUUUGGCCUGAGCACAAUAACAGCAAAUAGACAGGAUUUUCAGCGAAUAACAGAAGAUUUGUUCCCCCCCCACACCCCUCCAUAAAAAUGCCAAAUUUGCGAAUGACGAACCGUGAAUAUGGGGAGGUUCACUAUAUGUCCAAGACCAAGUCAAUUUUUUCCUGCUCCAUCAGCCAUUGUGGGACUAAAAAAUUCAAAUGUAAUAUUGUGUGCAGUUUGCUACAAACGUGUUUUGCCUGUUGAAGUUGAGUGUAACAGUUUAGCUCUUAGCAACCAAUCAGAGGAGAGAAAAAUGCUGACAUUUAAAAUUUGAAUGGAAGCAGUCGCAUUGCAUAUAAUUUAACACUGCAGUAAAAUUAUGAAAAACUUUGUAUGUUUACAAGAACGUUAAAGUUUUAUACGAAAAAGUUAUGAGCAUCAAGUUUCUAUAUUACCAAAAAAAAAUCACAAUUUUACUAAAGUCUUAAUUUUACUUUUAUAAUGAAGUUAGAAUUUCAUCAACAUCAAAACACGAAAUGAAAAAGUUGUGCUUGACAAAGAAAAAGUAAUAUGAUGAAAAAAAGUCAAUUGUAAGAUAAAAGUCAAUCAAACGUAAUCAAAUGUGAUCAUGUUAUCAUUUGACAAAAAUCUAAUCAGAAUAUUAUUUUAAAAAAAGUCACGGUUUACGAGAAAUGUCAAAAUACUACACGGAAAUGUCGUAAUACUGUUUUGUAAGGAAAAAUCGUAUUAUGAUGGGAAAAAAAAUUGGACACAAAGAAGUUCUCAUUUAAACAAACAACAAAAUAAAUAUAUAACAGUCAUAAUAUGACCAGAAAAAUAAAAAGUCAAACGUACGGUUUAAAAGUGCAGAAUCUACGAGAAUCAUGUCAUAAUAUAACAAAAAUUGCUGUAUGAACAGAAUAAGGUCAAAAAACACUCCCCCCCAAAAAAACAUGUAAUGUUAUGUGGACAAAGUUUGAAAACAAAUUCAAACUCAAAAAAUAUUACCUGGAAAGAUUUUAGAAAAAUAUGUCGUACUAGUAUGAAGAAAGUCAUAAUUUUGUAAGAAGAACUCUUGCACUUUGGGACAUCAAUAUCACAGCUCCAAUAAAUACUACUUAAUUUUUUUCUCGCAAGAUUGCAACUUUAUUAUAGUCAUAUUACGACUUUUUCCUCAUAGCAUUGCGACAUUAUUCUCGUUAUAUUUAUUCUUGGAAUUUUUAUGAAAUUUAAAUAAUUUUCCCUCCCCCCCUUUCCAGUCUGGCCCAAAUACUGCUUUGUGAGAGUGCGACAAGGAUUUUAAAAUGAGGUUAUGCAUUGGUAGACUUUUAUAUAUGACUACUUUUAACCACUUAUUUAAUUAAUUGAGGCAUAUAGACAUAAUAUGCAUAAGUGGUGUCAUUUGUAUAAUGAUCCCCCACACCCUCACCCACUCUCAUGGUGCCUCCUCUGGCUAUAGCUUCUAAUAGGAAAGAAGUCACUUUUCCAGUCUACCUUACUUGACUGAUUGGUGCAGUGUUUGUCGUGCUUUUGAAGAAACGCAAUCCAGGUACUCUUUGAUCUUUCCAGUUGAUCUCAUUGUAAUUUGUAACAGAUGUUACAGGGUGACCGAAUCGGAGGUGCAGUUCAGUACAGUCAGUGUAUUAAAAUCAUAUCAUAGUUUUAUUUUUUAGUUGUUGUUUUUUUAACCGUCAUUCUUACAAUAGUAGUCUUGUUUGCAUUAUUAAGAGCGUAAAUGGUGUCUGGCAAAUGAUAUGCAGUAGUGGAAUUGUGGUUUUCAACAUGGAGUGGAAUCUCCAAUGUGCCACAAUUUAGAGUUCACCAAACAUUUUCUGGAAGAAAACUGCCUCAAAAGUCUAACAUUAGUGACACCUUGGUAGUUUUACUUUAUUUCAGUUUUAUUAUGUAAAACAUCACCUGUAGUUAAAGGUUUUAUGCCGGCGACAGUUUUGUGCUCGUGUUGCUGGUCACUUCUUUAGUGUUCAAACACCACUGGGAAUCAUUUUAGAAUGUAAAACAGAUUCAGCUAUUCAAAUAGGUUUGUUGUUUUUUGUUAAUCUGUUGACAUUCUCAGAAAAUUGUAUUUAUUUUUUUAACCAGUCACAUUUAUGGUUGACUUUUUUCCAAUGCGUUCCUCCAUUUGAAUUCCCUUCAAAAAUAUUUAGCACCUCAACCACGACAUUAAGCAAUAUUUCCACAUGUGCCAAAUGACAGCAGCGUUUUCCAUUUCUCUCCAGCGGUUCUGUUUGCUUCCACCACGACCAUGCAUGAAGCUCUUAUGCUCGGAGAAUAGCGCCAACUUGUGUACAUGCUCUUUGAAAUAAAAGCGAUUCAACAGAAGCGGUCUCGACAUGUACUUCUUUUUAACUCAAUGAAUUAUACAAAUCUUGACAAAAUUAGACAUUCCUUGGAUGGGAUGAUUGUUUUUAGUUUUGUUAAUUCAGAAGAUUCAUUAAAAAAAUAGGAUGAAGAUAUUUUAAAAAUAAAGUAAAUUCAAUUUAUAUUUUUACAUCUAAUCUAAUGAAAAACAUGAUUUAAUUGAAUUGUUGUUGUGUUAAUUUAGAAGACUCACAGGAUAAAGACCAAUAAGUAUCUAAUUAGCUAGCUUGAUUAGCAGCUGGCUAACUAUUUGUUGUUUCCAACCACUUAUUUUACAUUAUCAUAUUGUAAAAACAUGUCUUAAAUAUUUAGAUUUUGUUAUAACUGUUUUUAUUUUUGUUUCUUUGGAACAAUUAUAAAUGUUCCUUGUUUAAUAGGUAUCGAAAUUGUCGUUAGCUAGCUGGUAAGCCAUCUACCGUAUCUCAUUUCACAAUGCCAUUUUUUUAUGUUUUUAUUUGUAUUGAUCAUCAAUACAACCCUUAAAUAAAAUCGAUUUUGAUAAUGAGUAUAGUAAAUAAAUGUUUUUGUCUAAUAUGUAUCUAAAGUCUACCUAGUUUAGCUGGUUAGCAAUCCACCUUGUAUUACAAGCUAUUUUGCAAUGUCCUUUUUUUCAAAUCUGAUUUAGUUUCCAUUUUUUUGUUUAUUUAGAAUAACACUGCAUAAACAAACAGAUUUUUUUACGAAUUAAAAAAAGAAUCAAUCUAACUUGCUAUCUAUUAUAUCUCACUAGCUAAUUUAUAAGAAGACAUUUUAAAUGUAAAUAAACAAAUACACAUUCUUGUCUAAUAGGUACUUAAAGUCUAGCUGUACUCGACUGUAUCUCACUGGCUAUUUUACAGUUCCAUAUUAUUUUUUUAAUCUAAGUCUAAUUUGUUUUGUAUUGGUUAAUUUAGAAUUAUCACUCAAAUAAAUGUUAAACAUUACAAUAAAUAAGUACCCUUGUCUAGCUUUUGCUAGUUAUCCACUGUAUCUGACUUAGUGUUUUAAAAUUCCAUUUAUUAAUUUUUUUUAUCUCAUUUGUUAGUUUUUCUUUUUCUUUUUAAAAUAAUCACUCUACUACAUUUUUUAUGUAUAAUAAUAAUAAUUAAUAAUAAAAAUCAUGAAAAAGAAUUGAGACCUUUGUCUUAAGGCAUCUAAAGUAUCUAACUGACAUGAGGUUAUUCAUUUUGAGCCUCGGACAACAGUUCAAUCGAGGCAAGUCAUUUAUUGAAGUCAUAUUAUU